GCGCGCGGCCCCAGGAGGACCCGGCGGCUUUCGAGGACCGCGCGCCCGAGGCCAUCCGCACGUUCCCGUUCCAGCCGCUCAGCCUGAGGGCAGACCUGAAGUCCCUGGCGGAGCCGCGAGGCCCCCCGUGCCUGCACCUCAGCGGCCUGCCCGUCGGCGCUUUGACCGAGGACGGCCCCGCUCGCGGGGCGACGGCCGACGCCAUCCCGGAGGCCGUCGUGUUCGGCAUCGCGCGGAUGCUCGGAACCCGCGCCUUCGCUUUCGAGGGCCACUGUGGCGAGGAGCUUGUCCGGACCUGGCUUCACGAGGGCGACGAGGCCUUCGGCUGGCACCGGGGUGGCCGCUGCGCGCCGGCGUACAUGCCGCCGCGGCGCGUGUUCCGGCCAGAGGCGGAAAUCGCGGACUUCACCACCACGCUCUGCUUGAGAGCGGACAGGCCGUUGUUCGUCCACUUCGUGGAUUUCCGGGUCCUCUGCGCCGAGACGCCAGCUCAGGACCUGGAGCUCCUGCGGGCCUCGCCGCUGGCCUUCUUCGACCGCCUCACCGGCCAGCGCUCGGAGCCGAUCCUCGUCGUCUCCGCCUGCGGCGACGACCCGGACGCCUCCGUGGUCGACCUGCGGCAGGUGGACCGCUUCGAGGCGGAGGGCCACCAGGAGGCCGUGGCCGCCUACCAGCGGCUAACGGUCACAGCUGAGAAGGCGCGGCAGACCAUCGAGCUGUCGCAGGGGCACCUUGCGGUCUUCAACAACCGCCGCUGCCUGCAGAUGUGGACUUCGCCGGAGGCAGGCCCCUGCCGAACGCAGUCCAGACCAUCCACUCGCGGCGAGACGAUGGCGGCGAAUUCGCCCGCGUGA